GAGUUGAAGCGAGAGGCUCAACUCCGCCCACAAUCUGCGAUAAACAGACCAAGUGGGAUUGUUUGUAAGGAGGUCUAUGAGAGAGUGUCAAUUUUGGUCAACACAUUAUGUUUGGGCUAAUUUGAUAGUGAACGCAGUAGCGGAGAUAAGAUGAUGCAGCCCCCUGAUGAUUUCCAAGGAAAGCACAAUGAGACAAUCAUUAGUUGUAUGUUGGUUGGGGAUGGUGCUGUGGGGAAAACCAGCAUGAUUAUAAGUUACAUCUCAAAUGGAUACCCAAACGAAUACCGUCAGACGGCCUUUGACGUCUUCACCGGAUUGGUUACAGUAGAUGGGAUUCCAGUACAAAUCCAGUUGAUGGACACUGCAGGACAGGAGGAAUUUGAUAAUUUUCGCUCCAUGUUUUACAAUCAAAUAGAUGUCUUCAUCAUUUGCUUUAGUGUUGUCAACCCAGUGUCUUUCCACAACAUCACUUCAAAAUGGAUCCCACAGAUCCGCACCUUCAAUUCUGCUUCACCCAUAAUUUUAGUGGGGACCCAGUCUGACCUCCGGCAUGAUGUUGGCAUCCUUAUCCAUCUGGACCAGCUGAGGGUCAAGCCAGUGGUGAACUCCCAGGCCAGGCGUCUGGCAGAGAAGAUCAGAGCCCACGACUAUGUGGAGUGUUCCGCACUGACCCAGAAGAACCUAAAAGAAGCAUUUGACUCUGCUAUCUUUGCUGCCGUCAAGCACAAGGCCUGUGAGAAAGCAAAGAAGCUCAAACUAUUUGGUCGUGCAAAGACUUUUUCUAGUGGGGGGUGGAAGAAGUUCUUCUGCUUCAUGUGAUCCAAUGGCAUCACUACCUCAAUACAGGACACAAAACCCUCUGGUGUUGAAUACUAGGGGGUGGCAGUAGCCACUGGCUGGAUUACUAAGAGUUAGUUAUUCUGGACAAAAGUUGUCUUAUGUUGUGCUUAUUGAAGCUCAAAAGCCAAAAGUUCCCCCAGCAACCUGUGAUAGCCUUCCACCAUUGUAUGCACUGUGGAAAGUCUUUCUUAUUCACACGGUUCAGACAGCAUUGUAUUGCAGUUGGUGUCACGGACUAUUUGCGACCUGACUAUCACUUUUCUAGCGCAUAUACUGCAUAGUCAAGUAUUUUGUUUGUAGGCUUUAAAAUGUGAAUAUCUUCUAGCCAUAUAUGCUUCUUGUGGAAGCCACGUUUCAAACAAUGUUUGCUUUGUCGUUUUAUGUCACGUUUACUUGUCUCGUUACAUAUUUCACUUUAAGUGUUCAUUUUUUUGUUUAUUUUAAGAAAUUUGGAGUUUGUAAAUGUGAAAAUAUAAAAUCAAGAAUGGGUCGGCAGGUAGCCUAGUGGUUAUCCAGUAACCUUUCGGUUACUGGAUCGAAUCCCCGAGCUGACAAGGUAAAAAAUCUGUUCCCCGGGAGGCCGCCAUUGUAAAUAAGAAUUUAUUCUUAACUGACUUGCCUAGUUAAAUGAAGGUUCAAUUAAAAAAUAUAAAGAUAAUGUAGAUCAGACCUCAUUAGAGUAGUUGUAGAAAAUUAUAUUCACUAAUGCCUUAGACCUUAUUUUAAUUUACUGUUAACAUGUGAGCUCCAUUUUAUGGUAAGGUAUAUUGAUCACUGAGGGAGGCCAACAGUCUGAGGUAAAUCCUCAGAAAACAGAGGAAAAGACAGAGUUGAGAAUAUUCUCACCACAGGGUUUUGUUACCCAGCUCACCAACAAGGGACUAAGGUCACCUGCGGUCACAUUGAGGAUCCAAUUUACAAGACAAAGCCUCUCCAUUAAAGCUGUUCCCUUUGCCUUUGUAAUACAGCAAAUUGGUUUAAGCCUUGGAAAGAGGAAAGUCAUAAUAUAUACAGUGCCUUGCGAAAGUAUUCGGCCCCCUUGAACUUUGCGACCUUUUGCCACAU